AUGUCGAACACCGAAGACCACGUCCCUGCGACGGAGGAGUGGGUGCGGGAGACCGCGCGUAUCGUGGAGCAGUCGCGGCUGAUACUGUUGCAGGUUAUCGCACAGCAGCACGCCAUGCUCGAACAGCAAAAGGCUAUGGUCGCCGAGGAGUGUGCGCGACAAGCCCGGAGCAGUUACGAGAUGCGGGCCAGGGAAGCGGCUUGCGAGGCUAGGGAGGCGGCCUGCAAAACCAGGGAGGCGGCCUGCCUGGCCAGGGAGCCGGCUUUAUAGGCAAGGCAGUCGCGCAUGUUUUCCCGCAUCAAAACGCAGCGGCUUGGGCCACAUGCUGGCAAGCUGGACAUCGAUUAACCGGCUUAUAAUAGCCAAAAUGAGGAAUGAAGUGUGUCGACUUUAAAUAUUAGCAAAACAUGUCCGG